AUGGAGUCCACAGAAACAAACCGACAGAAUCAGAAUGUGAUUGAGCUGUCCAAUACAUCAGUUCUCUCCACGGGCAUCAAUGAAUCGAAUACGACUCAUGGAGAAAUCCAUAUUACGAGGGAUAGCAAUGACGAGGCAGAAGGGGAAGACGGUCUUCUUCCGAUCACCAAAUCUCAGUUCCUAAUGCUCAAUGUUGCACUUUGUGUAGGGAUAUUCAUGGUCACCUUAGACGUUAUCAUUUUAGCAACCGCCAUUCCGACCAUAACUCACGAAUUUCACUCUCUCGGAGAUGUUGGUUGGUAUGGAUCAGCGUAUCUCUUGACCCAGACAGCAUUCCAGCCAACUUUUGGAAAAGUGUAUAACUAUUUCAACACUAAAUGGACACUUUUAAUGGGCAUUAUGGUGUUUGAAAUUGGCUCCAUCCUUUGCGCGGCUGCAACCUCAUCUCCGAUGCUCAUAUGUGGCCGUGCCGUGGCAGGUUUUGGGGCAGCAGCUAUCUUCUCGGGGGGUGUGAAUAUCAUAACCAUGAUAUUCCCCUUGAAACACAGAGCUCCGUUCUUGGGCCUAAUGGGAGCUAUGAUCGGAAUGGCUAUGAUUGUUGCACCACCCCUGGGAGGAAUUUUGACAGAUCGUUUUAGCUGGCGGUGGUGUUUCUGGAUUAAUUUACCAUGUGGAGGCCUGAUGGUCAUCAUUAUAGUGCUCUUCUUAAAUCAGACUGCGCAAAUCUCAUUUGGUCUGAGUUGGAUGGAACGCAUUAUAGCACUUGAUCCUGCCAGUGCGCUACUCCUAGUGUCUUGCAUCACUGCACUUCUGAUAAGCCUUCAGUGGGGAGGUGAACGGUAUCCAUGGUCACACCCGAAAGUAUUGGCUUGCAUUAUCACUGCGGGUAUAUUACUAGUAGCAUUCUACGCUUUCCAGUCGUGGAAGGGAGAAUCAGCAAUGAUCCCAACACGGUUAUUAAGACAAAGAAGCAUCCUCGGGUCUUCGCUUGCCGCUUGCUUCCUAUCGAUGGCAUUUCAUGUACACUCGUACUAUCUCCCAAUAUACCUCCAGGCUGUGAAGGGGCUAACGGCCGAACAAUCGGGAAUACAAAUUCUCCCUUAUCAAGUCACCAAUAGCCUAUUUUCGCUAGGAGUGGGCGUCCUAGUAGGUAUAGUCGGAUGGUACCCGCCUUUUCUGUGGCUAGGAACACUUGCUUUUGUGGUUGGCUCUGUCCUGUUCUACAAAUUGGAUGUCGAUAGCACAGUUGCCGCGGUCGUUGGAUAUCAAAUUAUUGCAGGGGCUGGGGUGGGAACUGCAAUAAAUAUCCCACAUAUAGCGGUACAAGCCAUCUCCAGCAAAAAGGAUGUUUCUUCAGCAAACGCUAUAGUGUUUUUCUUCCACGCCCUCGGAGGAGCAGUUGGAAUAGGUAUUGCGCAAAACAUCUUCUCAAUUUCUCUUCAAGAAAAUCUCCCACUCACUGUACCGGAUAUGGAUAUUUCGGCUAUCAUUGACGAUAGCUCGGCGAAUAUCCGCAACCUGAUACCAGCGGAGUACCUGGCAGCUGUUUUGAGAGUGUACUGCUCAUCAAUAGCGAAAGCUUUCAUACCACCAAUUGUCACUGCGUCCCUAGCAUUUAGAAAACGAUUCCCCCUAUCCUCGCAUCGAGAGCUCGCCAGUUUUGCCUAUUCCCCGAGCAAACAGAUAAGCAUCAUUGAUCUAUGGAAGAAUUCAACACUCCCUUUGAAUGUCUCUAUGCAAAGUUAG